AUGUCACAGGGAUUUAACUGGGAUCCACUUGGUAAAGGCGUCUUCGAUGCUGAAGACCGUAUCCAACCACUCAACUGCAAGAAGGGCGAAGUCGCUAACCACAUCAUCUCCGUUGGUGAUCCAAACAGAGCCAAGUUAAUGUCCGAGUCCCUCGAUAAGGACACACCAGUCAUCGUCCGCCAGUCCAACAUGAUUUUCUGCACAUACACAGGCAAGUACAAAGGCACACCAGUCUCCAUCAUCGCAACUGGUAUGGGCUUCGCUAUGGCCGAGCUCAUGGUUGUUCAGGCACGCGCCGUUGUUGAAGGCCCAAUGACAAUCGUCCGUUUCGGAACAUGCGGCUCUCUCCACGCUGAUGUUCCAAUCGGCUGCUUCGCAAUUGCUGACCGCGCAUACUUCGUUCGCCAAGAUUUCGAGAAGGAGGGCUUCCCAUUCGAGUUUGCCAAGGAAUCUAUUCCAUUCAACCACGAACUCCAUCUUAAGGUUCUUGAAGAAUUCAAGAAGUUAACAGACUACCGCACAGUCGUCGGCCCAGAUACAUCUGCUGAUACAUUCUACCCAUCCCAGGGCCGUCUCGACGACAAUUUCGUCAUGGAGAACGAAAAGGUCAUCCCAACACUUCUUGCUCAGGAUAAGGAUGCCCUUUCAUUCGAAAUGGAGUCUUACCUCCUCGCUUUCCUCGCCCACAAGUUCCCAGAGGCUCAGAUGAAGACAGCCGCUGUCUGCCUUACACUUGCUCAGAGAACAUCCGGCAAUUUCCUUGACAAUGCUCGCAAGAUGGCUAUGGAGAAGGCUGCUUGCACUGCUCUCCUUGAGAUUCUUUCCAAAUGCUAA